AUGUCUAAAGAUGCUACUUCAAUUGUUCUCCCUCCACAGCUGCAAGCGCUUGUGGAUGCUCUGCUAGGCGUACGCUCCCGCCGCCGGCAGGCGCAGCGCCGCCGCGUGGCCAGUCACCUGGCGCCUCUAACAUUGGAGCGCGACUGGCUGUUCGGCGUCCUGCCGCCCGCCGUCACCGCCAACGUGCUCGGCCGCCUGGACCCCCUGAGUCGCAAGGCCCUUAGGGCAACAUGCCGCCGUACACGCCUCUGCGUCAACGGCGCCACCUGCAGGCUGCUGCUGGACGGUCGCGGCCUCCGCCGCUUCUCCAUCGCACCGCUCCACGUGCUCUUCCCGCAGCUCAGAGAGCUGCAGCUAGCGGGGUCAUCGUCAUUGGCGGCGGCGGCGGCGGCUAGCGGCGGCGGCGGCAGGAUUGGUCGAGGAUGUGGCGGAGGCGGAGGCGGUGCUGGUGGUCCCGCGCAGCUGUUGGCGUUACUGGAAUCAGGCGCUCUGGCGGGAUUGCCCUCCCUGGAGCUCGUAGACCUCAGCAGGCGCUGGAACACAGAGGCGGAAGGGGGGAAGGAGGGGGAGGAGGGGGAAGGGGGGGAGGGAGAGGCACGUCUACUGCCGCUACCGCCGCCACUGGCGGUGGAGGCGCAGCUCCCUAGCUGGCGGGAGGUGGCGGUGGCGGUGCGGGAGAUGGCCAGGAGGGCCCCACAGGUGCGACUGGAGCUGGAGGGUCCCCCCGUGUCGCUCCCGGGCCCGGCGGCUCUGAGGUACUUCCCCGGGGCUGUGGGGGUGAGGAGGCUAGCAGUGCAGGUGGAGACGGCCCCCCCCUGGGCUCUACACAGGUUCGACAAUUUGGCCACAUCGCUACAGGGUGUACGACAAUUAACGUUGAGGCUGCCUGAGGAUGUACGGCCAGGGGUGGUGCUGACGGCCAUGCAGUCCAUGUGCUACCUGGACCAGCUGGCGCUGCCCGCCAGCACGCUAGGAGAUGAAGACCUGGAGCCUCUCGCCCGCCUACGAACACUCCAUACCCUUCUGGUGGGAGGCCUAGUGUUGCGGGGAGAUGCGGCGGCGGCCGGCGCCACCAACACAACUACUGCCAAUACAACUACCGCCAGUGGCGGCAGAGGCGGCGGCGGCGGCGGCGGUCCUGUCCGCCCUUCCCUGGAGCGCCUGAUCGUGAGCCACCGCCUGGAGGUGGACCCGCAUCUGGGGCUGCUGCCGCUACUGCCCGCGUUGUCCGCUCUGGGAGUGCACAUGCAGGCUUUGACGCGGCCGGUGCAGCUACUGCCGCGGCCGCAGCCACCACCGCCGCCGCCGCCGCCGGCGGCUCCCCUUCCGCCGCCGCCGGGUCCUCAGCAUCUGUGGCAGGAGCUGGUUCAGCACCAGCUGGCCAUGAUGGUAGGACCGGCGGCGGAGCCGCCGCCGCCACCGCUGGCAGACGCCUGGGCAGCACCCCUGCCGCCGCCGCCGCCGCUGCCGCCGCCACCGGCGCCACCACCGGUAAACCUGCGUGAGCUUUGCCUCAUGUACCGCAAGCGGCCGAAGGGAGAGGGGGGCCGGGGAAGGGCCAUGUGGGACUGGGACCGCAUGGCGGGGUUGGCGGCGGCGGCAGCGGCGGCAGCGGCGGCGCCAGGGGAGCAGCAACAGGGGCUGGCGGCGGCGGCGGCAAAUGGGUCGGUGUGCGACUCCCACGUUGCGGCGGCUGACCUGGCAGCGCAGGCGGCGGAGUUGCCGACGCUGCAGCGACUGCGGUUGUGGCGCUGUCCCAGCCCCGGCAGUGCGCUGCGGCUCCUAAGGCCCGUGGCAGAUAAGCUGCAGCUGCCGCUGGUGUUGUUGGAGCUACACGACUUGGGGCCGCCGGGGGCGGACAGAGGGGCGGCGAACCGCACGGCGGCGGCGGCGGCGGCGGCUGGAGCCCCGUCCAUGCCGGCGGACAGGAUCCAUGAGGGUAAUGUGGAGAGCGAAGAGGAGGAGGAGGAAAGCAGCGGUAGCGCUGAGCUCGAAGAGGGGGAAGACGAGGAGGAGGAGGAGGAGGGUGAGCGGCAGGGUGGCGCCGCGGCCGCAGUGGAGACCCAGGCGGAGGCAGGCAGCGCCGCAGGCGUGGCGGUGUCGGUGGUGGAGGUCGGACAGGGGGACCCUGUACGGCCUUCCGCUACAGCGGCGGCGGCGACGGCAGCGGCAGUAGCAGCAGUUGACGAUGAGUUGGAUCAGCCGGCUCUGCUGACGUCAUUGCUCACGUCACGAACGUGGCGGACCCCCUCCGAUCAGCUGGCUUCGCUGCUGCUGGGCAGCUGCCGUACACUGACGGUGGCGGGUGGCCACCCGACGCUGCUGCGGUCUCUCGCGAGCGUCGGCCGAACUGCGGCCGCCGCCGCCGCCGCCGCCGCAUCCCCGGCAUCGCCGUCUUCGCCUUCAGGGCCAAACCAUUGCUCUUCCGCUGCGGCGGGCGUGACGACGCAGCGGCUAUUCGUACGACGGCAACCCGGUUUGGACGAGCAGCUGUUACGGCAGUUGAUGGGAGGACUGUCCGGGUUACAGGUGCUCGGGGUGGCGGGUUGUCCGGGUGUGGGUGUGUAUGACGCAAUGCGGGUGCGGCGGGAGGCACGGACACGCGCGUCGUUGAGCGUGGUGUGGACGUGGGAGGCGUAA